AUGUGUAAGGUGAUCUUUCUUCUUUAUGCAACAACGUUUUGUGUGAUUCUGCUAGUGAAUAGCGUGGUGACAAUCAAUUGCGUUGGCGAAACUUCAUCUAUAGAGGAGAAACUUCAGCGGAAGCUGUUAUGCUCAGAUUAUGACAAAACACAACGCCCCGUUAAAAAUCAUCAAACUGCAGUAAAUGCUACCAUAUCCAUUGAAUUGAAAGAGUUUUAUGUGUACGCUAGCGAUUUCCUACGUCUAUCCAUGUCUAUGAACAUCAGUUGGAAGGACGAGUAUCUCACCUGGAACAGAACGGAUUAUGAUAUAGAGAAGGUUAUCAUCAACUUCAAAGAAUUAUGGCGACCAACAAUCGAGAUAACUGGAACCAAAAAAACUGGCGUUCUCGAUAAAUCCUGCUAUGGUCAUACAUGUGAAGUGGUACUUAAUGGCAGUGUUACAUGUGUUUCAACAUGUAAUUAUGAGCCGUACUGUACCAGUACGAAUGCAGACUGGCCGUUCGAUGUAUUGAAAUGUACGAUGCAUUUCAGUAGUUGGAUGGAAUAUUCGACUCAGCUGAACCUCACAGCGGAACCAAAAGUAUUGAUAGAUAUAGCUAAAGAUAAAUAUAAACGAUGGAAAUUAUUGUCUGCCGAAACAGCAUCAAGGAAUGAUAUAGAUCAUGAAAGCUUUCCGUUAAUUUCAUUCAUAACUACUUUAGAAAGGCACAUGGGGGUUUAUCCUGCCAUCAUGACACCUGGAUUUAUGAUGGUGGCAGUUAAUUUAGCAGUGCUAAUGAUUGACACUACCAGCUCUGACAGGCUGCAUAUUCUUACGGCAACGUGUUUGGGCCACUAUGUUUUUCUGCAGUACUUCUACUGGCAUCUGGCAUACAAUAGCAAAGAUGUUCCCAAUAUAUUGCUGUUCUUCCGUGACUCGCUGCUUAUCAACGUGCUGAUGUUAAUUUUCACCAUCGUGUUGAGGCAUACUGCACCAAGAAAGAACAGCUCAGAGCGAUGGAUGGACAGGCUAGCACUAAGGGCAGCUUCUACUACUAUGGGACGCAUAUUGUUACAAGCUGAUACCGUGAUCGACCCAAAAGGAUCACGGCCAUUGGAGGAAAGCCAAACGGAACGGGAACACAACCGACACGCGGAAAACGGUACAAACGGUGAUACAAUCAAUCUAGUAGUUGAUGGAUAUGACCGCAAUAAUGCACCUAAUGCAAUAAUUGUGAGCACUGAACAACACCGAGCCGAUUUAGGGAUCAUCUUCAUGGACCGGAUAAUGCUAUUUUGCUGUACGAUUUGUUAUGCUUUUAUGCUUUUCAAUUUGAUACCGAAAAAAAUGUUAUAG